GAGAAACAGGUGCUCUUAGGGGUUAAAAGCCACGGAACCCCGAAACCAGCUCCGGCCGUUUCCUAGACGUUUCGGGGCCGUAUUUGAACUAUAAUUCAACGUCUCCCGCACUCGAUUUCAACUUCUAUUUCAACCAUAUUGUGUGAAAUUAUCGCCACGGCCUCGGAACCUCGCACAAUGAAUGGCCCGGAAACGAUGCUCCGUUGGGCCAUUUCGGCUCGCGCGGGGAACUCGACUCACUAACCCCAGUUGGCCUUCUGAUAGCCCAGGGCGCUGAACCAUUUCACUCUAUCGCUGCAGCCAACGGAUUCAUGUGCUGUACAGAAUGGAAUGGAUAUCAAUUACUAGCACACUCCCGUCCCUUACCUAUCAGCGUCCCUGAAAUGGUAAUCCACCAACAGACAAGAUGGACACUGAAAGACGUUUCCUCUAUGCUCCUCCUCUUUUGGAGUGAGUCCACGUGGGAAGAUGACUGGUUCAACAGUUGACUUCCAUCGCAACUUAUCGAUCCUUUCGCUGUGCUUCUAUUACAUAUCCAUACUGAUAUCAUUAACUCAAAUUAUCAUUGGUGCAAGACCGGACGAUUGACUUGACCUUGAUCUUCCCGGCGAUCACUCGAUCUCAUGUGUAGCACUAACGUAGCUGACUCUUUAGUAUUGAGGUGACUCUGGAGAUCACCGCCGCUCGAGGCCUCUUUCUUGCUCUCCCAUCUGCAUUGAUUGCUUACCCAUCAGAACAGCUAUCUUGCAUUGUCACCAGCAUCGCUAUUGCUUACUCGAUUCUCUGAUAUUACCCAUCAAGAGACUGGUCGCCCGAGCUGUCGCACUCUAUCCCUUUCUUUAUAGAAGCGAUAGUCGUGCAUCAUGACACCUGAUAACAGCAACCACGUCGCCCAUCAUCCACAGGCAAUUCACCUAGAAUCUUUCGAACGUGCCCGCAGCAGUUCACGACAUUCAACCGCCCGCAAUGGCUCGAGUACAGCUUUCGAGCCUGCGACGGCUGACGAGAAUGAGACUAUCGCUAGGAACGUAUCUCAUAUGACUGAUGUCGAGAGUCAACUCACCGCCACUGGUCGUCGACAACCUAGCUGCCUUGAUCAUGAUCCAUAUGGCCUCUCCCGCGGGUACAAGACCGAGUCUGAUUUGGAACAGAUCAAGGCCAACACUUCACGGAAGCGUGAUAGUCUCCCUGGCCGCAAAUCUGUCUCUGGCGAGGUCGGCCCCAAGACAAAGGCUCGCAAGCUGCAGGGCUUCUACAAAAAUCAAAAUGCGGCUAUUGAUCGCAUGCUCAAGUCUGUUGAGGAACAUCGUGACGAAGCCCGCGACCAGCAUGGCGAAGACCAGGUCAAGUUUCGCAUUGCUGUCUGGGGCUCUUUCGCGGCCAAUGUUGCCUUGUCAGGAGUUCAGCUCUACGCUGCCAUCUCUUCAAAAUCUCUUUCGCUCUUUACUACCAUGGCCGACUCCAUAUUCGACCCUCUUAGUAACCUCACCCUCAUUUUGUCGGCUCGAGCCAUUCGUCAUGUCGAUUCUCGACGUUUCCCUGCCGGAAAAGCUCGUCUCGAGACUGUAGGCAAUAUUGUCUUCUGCUUUCUCAUGAUCGCUGUCUCACUCAUCAUCAUUGCUUUUGCUUGCCAGGAACUAUCUAGAGGGGUCCAAGAAAAGGAAUUCAAGAUUGCUGCUGUUAUAUCUGUCUGCUGUGCUUUCGCCACCAAGUUCGUACUCUUUCUCUACUGCUGGGCACUCAAGGACAAGUAUAGCCAGAUCAACAUUCUUUGGCAAGACCACCGCAACGAUCUUUUUAUCAAUGGCUUUGGUAUCCUGACUUCCUGUGGUGGUGCGAAAUUGAAAUGGUGGAUUGACCCUAUGGGCGCUAUCAUUCUGUCUGUUCUCAUCUCUUGCAUCUGGCUGCACACCGCCUUUGGCGAAUUUCUGCUCAUCGUCGGAGUUACUGCAUCUGUCGAGACGCAGCAGCUCAUCACGUAUGUAUGCGUUACACAUGACGAUGCAGUUGUUGGCAUCGAUACCGUACGUGUGUAUCACUCGGGUCCUCGUCUGAUCGCCGAAGUGGACAUUGUUAUGGACCCGACACAAACACUUCAAGAAAGCCAUGAUAUAGCAGAGGCGCUGCAGAUCAAGCUGGAGGAUCUGCCAGACAUUGAGCGAGCAUAUGUCCACAUUGACUACGAGACGACACACAAACCAGAACAUGCAUUUAAGAAGGAUAUGUAGGUCUAGCUACGGAAUGUGUUUUCAAGGGAGUUCUGGGCCACGAAAGGCAUUUCGAGCGGCUGGGGAAGGAGUUUUGGAGUAUGUUUAGUGAGACAAGUGAGUUAAAUGCCGUACUUGGGUACACGAUCAGGGAACCGGAAACAUAUGUUUUUUUUUGGGGGGGAGACUGGAGGCGUGACGGCGAGACGGCGAGACUCAAUGGACAGCAGGGAGUGAUGGUGCAAAUCAUAUCUUAGUUGGUUUUUGGGGUAGAAGCAAAAGCAUCAUAAUGCAACAAUGGCUCACGUGGACUAUGCAAGUGAGAGCGUGUGAUGCAUAUAAAUCAAGCUGAUGGCACGAUUAAACUAGGUCGAGGCGAGCUAAUGCAGAUGCCGGCAUUUCAGAAACACUAAGAUCUGGGGAACACACAAGGGGCUCUUUUUUUUUCUCUCUAGUAAUUUCUAUCUGUCAAAUUUAAGAUAUGAAAUGAAGUGAGACACGCUGGC